UGCUUCUUGUUUCCAAGAUGGCGGCGCCCAUUGCCCGCUCUCUCCGCUGGUUCGGGCCCGGGCUCCGGGCCUUGGGGACGGGCCGCGGGGGGCAGCCCGGGCUCCGUGCACUGGCGUGUGGGCUCAGGCCCUGGGCCGAUGGCGAGGAGCCCGGUGCAGGCUCUAACUCCAAAACCUGGUGGGGCCUGGGCCCCGGGGCGCUGCUGCUGCUACUGUGGCGGGAUCGGGAGCGGGAGGCCGAGGCCCGCACAGAGCCCAGGCCGCCCUCACGCCUCGGGCUCCCCGCGCUGUUUCUCCCCCAGGUACAGGCCGCUCGGCCCGUUCCCCCAGACAGUCCCCGCUUCAAGUUCAACUUCAUCGCGGAUGUGGUGGAGAAAACAGGCCCCGCCGUGGUUUACAUCGAGAUCCUGGGGAGGCACCCGUUCAGUGGCCGGGAAAUGCCAAUUUCCAAUGGCUCGGGUUUUGCUGUGACAGAGGACGGCCUGAUAGUGACCAAUGCCCAUGUGGUUGCCAACAAGAGGAGGGUGAGGGUGAAACUGGCGAACGGAGAGAUGUAUGAAGCAUCAGUACAAGCUAUUGACCAGGUGGCUGACAUUGCCACCAUCAAAAUCAACCCGAAGACUCCGCUUCCCACGCUGCCGCUAGGAGUGUCCUCCGAGGUCAGGCACGGCGAGUUUGUUGUUGCUAUGGGCAGUCCCUUCGCCCUCCAGAACACCAUCACGUCCGGGAUUGUCAGCUCUGUGCAGAGAGGGGGUCAGGAGCUUGGCAUGGCCCACUCAGAUAUGGAAUAUAUUCAGACCGAUGCGUCCAUCGAUUUCGGAAACUCUGGAGGCCCACUGGUCAACUUGGACGGGGAGGUGAUUGGAAUUAACACCAUGAAGGUGACAGCUGGAAUAUCGUUCGCCAUUCCAUCCGACAGGCUGCGGCAGUUCCUCGUGCAGGCCAAACAGAGCAAAAAGUCCUGGUUCGGAGUGGAAACGAAACAUCGAUACAUUGGUGUCCUGAUGCUGACUCUCACCCCUCAAAUUCUGCGUGAGCUGAAACUGCGAGAUCCCAGAUUCCCAAAUGUCUCCCAUGGUGUUUUAAUCCACAAAGUGAUCACUGGAUCCCCAGCAUACCUAGCUGGGGUGAGGCCGGGAGACAUUGUCCUGGAGAUAAACGGGCGUGUGGUGAAGACAGCAGAAGAUGUUUACCAGGCGGUUCACCGGGAGAACUCUCUGACCGUGGUGGUCCGCAGAGGAAGCGAGGAACUCAUGAUCAAUAUUGUCCCAGAGGUCCAAGAGUGAUGGGCGCAUGGGGAGUGAGGGUGCAGUGUUUGGAGCCAGGAGUGGCUCCUGGGUAACCCUGGAGCUGACCAGGCACAGCUCAGCAAUCCGGACU